ACUCGCGCGAGAUUAGGACUUAGGAGCCAACUUCCAAUUCUCUCUCUUUAGUCAGUAAAACAACGAUUCGAUCGAAGUGAGUAACAAUGGGAACACCAGUAGAAGAAGGAACUAGCGAAAACCAUAACCACCAGAAUGAUCAAAAUUGGAGCGAGCAGGUGGAGGAUCUGGUGGCUUCCGGUGACUCAGAGCAGGCUAGAGCUCUGCUUGAGUCCGUUGUUUUGAAGCUCGAAACCCUAACACCUUCCGACACGGCGGAUCUCCUGUUGGCCUCUGCUCUCACCGACUUAGCUAAACUCUAUUCCUCCAAGUCAUUCUCACUUAAAUCUGACGAACUACUCUCUCGCGCUUCCCUGCUCAAACAACGCGCUCUCCGCUAUCAUCGCCAUUUCAGUGCUGUGCAGAAUGUGGAGGACGAUUUGAGAAAAGAAGAUGAGGAAUCCUCGUCUCGUGUCGGCUUGUAUUGCAAUGAUUCAUCGGUCUCUGACGAUGGGCAUGGUCUAAGAUCGUCCGCAUCAACUGGUGAUGCGAAAUGUCAUGAAGGGACUCCAGAUGACGGGGCUGCAGAAGAUGAUUGGGAAGCUAUUGCAGAUCGUUCUCCUAAUGAAUUGCUUUCCUCACAAUGCUUACCUGGAGUAUCAAAUCUUACAUUGGAAGAAACCAAAAUUCAGACCCCUAAGCGAUGUGGAAGGGGGACAUUUGCAUAUACGAAAAGCGAAUUGUAUAGCGAACGACCAGUUGAUUACCCUCUUCUUGAUGACGUAAAGACUGAAAGUGUUUCCAGUCUAAAAUAAGAGAACACUCUACUAAAACACUCAAUAUGCGGUACACGUCAUGUCCUCGUUUUGGCUGACUUUUCUCCGACUUUGCGCACAAUUGAUCUCGAGAAGCUCUUUCAGGACUUCAGAGAUUGUGGUUUCAUUAUUCGUUGGGUCAAUGAUACGACAGCACUUGCAGUGUUUAAAACACCGAAUGUAGCUCUUGAGGCCUUCAAUUCAGUUCGAUGGCCGUUCACAGUACGUAUACUCGAUGAGAAUGAUAUCCUUGUGAGCUCAAUCUCAUCAAAAGAUUUGGAACCCCCUCGUCAAAGGCCACAGACAUCAGCAAGAACUGCUCAGAGGUUGAUUGCCCAAGGAAUGGGAUUGAAGUUGUCUUCGACAACUUUUGGUUCCCGAGAACUAAAAACCCAGGAAGAAGCAAGAAAGAAUCGCAUUUCUACAAGGCAAAAAAUGAGACAUGAUGCUUGGGGUGAUGAGUAAAGCUGCCACUUUUUUUUUUCUCUCUCUCAUAUGCGUCAUCAUUUGGUUUAAAUAUAGUCAUAUUCAUCUAUAGCUUGUGAAAAUAAUUGUUGUAUAAUGGAGUAGAUAAUAUAGAUUUUUUUCAGAA